AUACCGAACUCGAUCACAGUUGCGGAAUUCAUUAGCAACGACAAAUACGGCAGACACCCAACCAAGGCAUCUCGGCGGCCCUUUACCUGUGGCAUGACUGGUCGAUCGUAUACGAUCGAGGAGGUGAAUGAGAGAGUUAAUUCUCUUGCAAAGUCUUUGCAUGCAAUACUCAAAUUUGAUGUUGAGGGUGGAACCGAGUGGGAUCGCGUUGUGGCAAUAUACUCUCUCAAUACAAUCGACUACAUCCCAGCAACACAUGCAGUUCACCGUCUCUCCGGAAUAGUUACUCCUGCAAGCCUGACACACUCGGCCAAAGAGUUGGAACACCAGCUUCGAUCAUCUGGUGCCAAAGCGUUGUUCACUUGCAUCCCGUUCUUACAGAAUGCAAUCAAGGCGUGUGAUGCCGUUGGGAUCCCCCAAGAACAUAUCUUCAUUCUACCGAUACCAGGUGUAACUGAACGUGUUCACUUUAAAUCCAUUGAGGAUUUGAUCUCGGAGGGGCGAAACCUUCCACCACUACUGCUCCCUGCGUGGAUUGAGGGACAAGGCGCGAGACAAGUAGCCUAUCUCUGCUACUCGAGCGGUACUUCAGGACAUCCGAAAGCGGUGAUGGUAUCCCAUCGCAACAUCAUUGCUAAUACAAUGCAGACUACGCUUUUCGAUUCCUCCGGGCGUCAGCAGAGCGGAGUACGCACUCAAGUCUCGGUAGGAGUGCUGCCGUUCAGUCACAUUUACGGCCUGACUGUAAUUUGCCAUGUUGCAAUGUACCGUGGAGACGAACUCAUCGUCCUUCCCAAAUACGAGUUCCAGUCAUUCCUGAGCUCGGUCCAGAAAUUCAAGAUCGAACAACUGCAUAUAGUCCCACCUAUUUUGAUUUCGAUAAUCAGCAAUCCAGAUAAGUGCAAGAAGUACGAUCUUAGCAGCGUGCGCCUCGUGUUUAGUGGCGCAGCGCCCCUGGGCAGUGAAACAAUGGCAAAAGUAUCAAAGUUAUAUCCAAGUUGGAAACUAGGCCAAGGUUACGGUUUAACUGAAGCAUCGCCGAGUAUUACAUCGACAAGUGAGCAUGACAUCUUCCCAGGGUCGGCCGGAUCGAUCAUUCCAGGCACCAAGGUCAAGAUUCUCGAUGCCGAGGGAAAUGAGGUGAACCAGCACGAGAAGCGUGGAGAGCUAUUGGUUCAGUCCGACUCUGUGACACUCGGCUAUCUUAAUAACGAAAAAGAGAAUGCUCAAACGUAUGUUUGGCACCAUGAUGGACGAUGGCUGAAAACUGGCGACGAAGUCCUCGUACGCAAUUCGCCACAAGGCCACGAGCAUGUUUUUAUUGUUGACAGGAUAAAGGAACUUAUUAAAGUUAAGGGUCAUCAGGUGGCACCGGCCGAGCUCGAAGCCCAUUUAUUAGACCACCAUUUAGUGUCAGAUUGUGCCGUGAUUGGCAUAGAGGAUGAAAGGGCAGGGCAGCUUCCGAAAGCCUACGUUGUAAAAUCCGCCGAGGCGAGAAAGCAAUCCUUAUCUGACGAAGACGUAACCAAGGCAAUCAACUCGCACAUGGAGGGCCACAAGGCUCGCCACAAAUGGCUCAAAGGAGGUAUUCAAUUUAUUGAUAGCAUACCGAAGAGUCCAAGUGGAAAGAUCUUAAGGAGACUUCUCAAAGAGCAGGAUAGAAAAGCGCAGAUUUCUGCCAAGAUU